GGCAAGCCCAUAACAGGAUGUGAAUCAGUUUUCAACUUGCUAUGCUGCUGAGAAUCACACAGUCGGAAUACCUGAGUUACACUUCCAAUGAUAUGAAAGGAAUUUAUACAGAGGUGGGUUCUAGACCGUACUCCCUUGGUAACUGAUGUGAACAAAAGUUUGAAAUGAAAUUUGUUACUAAACAUAAAAAUGUUUUAUAUCAAUAAUUUCUCAAAUUGGGUAAUGUUUUCAGUUAAUUAUCUGAAUGCCCCUGAAGAUUAAAUAACUGGCUGUGGGUCUCCUUGUGGCCUCGUGUUGAAACGUGCCAUGCUGUUUCUAAUGAUGUGUGGACUUGGACAGGAUUCAAUUGCAUCAAAAGAAAGUUAACCACUCCUCUAUCAUCAUCAUUAAAGUCGGCUUAUUUUACCGGAGCCUUUCGAAAAUUUCCGAAAUGUUCAGCAGCACAAACUAAUGGAAUGGUAAAAGGUAGGGACACGAUCAGUGGAGAUUACUGAACUCCUCAAGCCCAUCUCUUCCAAACUCUCAGAUGGUGGUGACGAGAAUACACGGCUCAAUUCACAAGGCAGAAGAUUGAACUCUUUUACAGUCCCACAGAUGAAUAGAUACAUCACAUAACAAAGUACCAUCAAACAGUGCGUACAUCAUGCCGAUCGGAGCUGCUGGAGUUUGGGCCAACAUCUGAACCCCCGAGUGAGAUCUCAACUGUGCACCAACUCCCAACCAUUCAUUAUCUAUAUAUAAAGCACAUCUAAGCUACUUAAUUAGGGCAUUCAUUGCCUUUUAAGAACUCCCAAAUAUUCUUUACUCUGGAUUCAGCACCGGCUGCUCUAUUGAACCAAGUAGACGCCCACAGUGAACCGACAAACUGAAUGAAAAGAUUCUUAAUGCCACAUUAACGCUCCCUGGACUUGAAUAAUCACAAAAAUCAAGAGUUGCACACUUUAUCACGUGAUUGUAUUUUCCCUUACAAUGAGAGGUGUGAGACGACACAGGAAAAUUGCGUUUUUAUGUGCCUGCUUUCUUGGAUCUGUGUCUCUUUUGCUUUGUAUGAUGCAAACGCAGGAUAUCAACGCAGUGGCCAUGGACAACAAGAUGCACAUUCAGGCUGAUGAACAGCUUCAUACAAGAGCAAACAGGCUGAGGGGCAGGAGUGCCCGUCACAGCAGUUUCCAGCACCGGAGACUCUACAAGUCAGGGCUCUUUGCAGAAUCUGUGCAGAUCAUUGAAUCAAACCUACAUCACAAGAUUAAGAAUGUACGACCUGUUAGAAAGCCUAAAGGCAUUGGCAGCGUGAAAUGGUUGGGAGAGGACAAUGAAAUCAUAGAGGAUGCAAAAGAUGGUCUGGAUAAGCGGACUGGUCAGGAACCAGCAAGAAGCAAAGGUGCAGCAUCACAGAUAAAUCUCAAUGGGAAGAAGAGAAAGAAACCAACAAAAACUAGCGAGGACUGCCUCUGGUUUGAUGGAUUCCAUUCCACUGAUUUCUUGCAUGGAGCUGAUUCAAGCAAACCUCUCACCUGGUUCAGUCAAAGGGACCGAGAGCUGGUGAAGUUCCUGGCUGGAGGAAUUGUCCUAAAGGCUGGGUACCACACUCGGGGAGAGGAGACGGUCCGUGUGCUGCUGAGUAUUAAUAAUUCUCUCGCUGUAGAGAGCAGCGGAGAGCAGUGUCGAGCGGGAGCCUGCGGAUUGGUGAAGGAGUUGAGUGACCUGUGGGAAGUCUCUGCAUUUCACCUAGACCGGAUCCUGGGCCUCAACAUCAGCCAGCCGGUAGUGGCACGGCGGUUGAGGUCCCACCUGCUGCCGCAACAAUACGUAGAUGGUUCAGCGAAGCCCAUGGUGUUGUGGGAGCCAUGGACGCCAAUACUUCAAGGCACCGUACCACAGCAGGAUGCCUUCCACAUGGCCCAGUUCCCCAGUGUCUUCAGGAAGUGCCGAGAGGGGGGAAGCGAAGUGUGUGUCCGGGACAACAGCCCAGAGCUGCAGAAGAUGAAACUGUUGAAUUAUUUUUUCCAGGAUGUGGAGAUCAUUCUGGCCAGCUUCAACAAAGGGAAGGAGAAGCACACAGUUACUUUCGGAGAUUUGGAUUGGAUACCUCCCAGAACUCUGAAGAUCAUCUCGUCACAGUGCCUGUCCGAAAUGCUCCUGCGUUCCUUGUACGAAGACCAGGAAUAUUGGCAGAGUAAAGGGACAGUCUCCCUUUUGAAGCUGGUGGACAGAAUUAGUAAAAGAGCGCAGGUUUUAUUGCAGCAUUUUACUGACAAACACAUGCAGCAUAGGAGACCAGACAUGUGAAAUGAAAAUAUUGUCUGAACUUGAAAUAACCAACCAACAGGGCGGCACUGUGGCACAGUGAUAGGGUUGCUGCAUUGCAGCACCUGAGACCCGGGUUCGAUCCUGACUACGGGUACUGUCUGUACAGAGUUUGUUCGCUCUCCCCGUGACUGUGUGGGUUUUCCCCGGGUGCUCCGGUUCCUCCCACACUCUAAAGGCGUACAGGUCUGUAGGCUAAUUGGCUUCGGUAAAGAUUGUAAAUUGUCCCUAACGUGUAGGUCUGUGCUAGUUUACGGGGAUCGCUGGUCGUUACGGACUCAGUGGGCCGAAGGGCCUGGUUCCGUGUUAUAUCUCUAAACUAAACCAAACCAAACAGUUAAUUUCACAUACAGACCUCCCCGACCUACACUAUAGACGACUUGUGUAAACUCACACUUAUCGUAAAAAGCUCUGUACACACUCCCUAGUACAAUAACGGCAGUUUAUAAUUUCCACUCCAACGAACAAUCACUCAAGUUUACAUCAGAAAUAAGUCAGUAAUGGCGGCAGUGCUUACCCAGAAGGCAGCGCUCCGCAGAAAGUGCCCCAGUCGCAGCCAGACGCUGUUGAGAGUUAAUGCUCUCAGUUGGCUAUUUUGGGCAGGGGAUGAGGAUGGUGAUUUCAACUUAUGUUAAAUCUGGCUUACGUAAGGGUUCACGGAACGUAAUCCUUACACAAGUCGAGGAGUGCCUGAAUACUGUUUGAUCCAAUAAUUCACCCGAGUGAAUGAAUAUGGACAGUAAGGGGAGAAGGAUACAUUGUGAAUAUUAUCAUUGAUCACAUAAUGUAGCUGCCUAAUCACAUCGUUCUGGCACUGCCAUCAAUGGUGAUUGUCCUUGUUUGAACAGCGAGCUGUUCCAAUACAAUUACAGCACUGGCAUGUACCUGACUACAUGGCAAAUCUCCCAGCUAUGCCCUGUUCACAAAAAGCAGGACAAAUCCUAUCCCAAUAAUAACUGCCAACACGUCUCGUUCUCAGUCUUCAGUGACUGUGCAGUCGACAAAGAGCUGAGAAGCGACCUCUGAUCCCCAACACCCCGCUCACCAGUACAUGGUUUGGGUGCCACCAGGUCUACUCAACUCAUAGCACUGGUUGAAACACGGAUGAAUGGGCUGAACUCCAGCAGUGAAGUAAUGGUCUUGAUGUCAAGGCUGUGUUCAGUGGGUGGUGAAUCUGUGGAAUUCUUUGCCACGGAAGGCUGUAGAGACCAAGUCAGUGGAUAUUUUUAAGGCAGAGAUUGAUAGAUUCUUGAUUAGUACAGGUGUCGGAGGUUAU